AUGGCCAAGAGAACCAAGAAGGUUGGCAUUGUUGGGAAAUACGGUACUCGUUAUGGUGCCAGUUUGAGAAAGCAGAUCAAGAAGAUGGAAGUUAGUCAGCACAGCAAGUACUUCUGUGAGUUCUGUGGGAAGUACGCUGUGAAAAGGAAGGCUGUCGGCAUCUGGGGAUGCAAGGAUUGCGGGAAAGUGAAAGCUGGCGGUGCCUACACGUUGAACACUGCUAGUGCCGUGACUGUCAGGAGCACCAUUAGGAGGCUGCGGGAGCAGACAGAGAAUUAG